CUUAAUUCUCUAAAUCUUAUACCCCAAGAUCAAUUUAAUUAGAAGCAAUAAUCGACGGUAUUGAUUUGUCCAAAUAUAGGCAAAAAAAUCAAUGCAUCAUCUUAGAGUUUAUAGUUUAUGAUUUAGAUAAUUAGGACCUAGGGUUCACUCAUUAAGGAUUAGGGUAUAGUAUCAUGCCCAAAAAUCCUGCGAAUUCGAGGUCUAAAUAGUGUUUUCAUACUCAAGGUAUGCGGUACCCCAGAUUUCACCCGGGGUACCGUAGAAGGCACCUGGGGGUAUACUAUACGUCAGGUAUUACUAGUGAGAUAUCUCUAUUUAGACCAAGAACUAAAUCGAGUUUGGAGUAUGAUACUAUACCCUAAGGCUGAGUCCAAUGGGCACCCCAUUUAUGGGGGAAUCUGCAAAAAUGGAGGAGGAGAUGGUCCAAUGGGGAGGUUUGGGCCUCCAAAAAUGGAGGAUCCUGCAAAUGGAACUCCAAAUUUGGGGGUGGAAAUGGGGGAUCCCCAAAUAUAGAGGCUCACCAAAGCCCGCCACGUGGCUUUUCUUUUUCUUUUUAAGAUUUUAGGGGUUAAUUGAGAGUUUAAUUAGGGGAUUAGUUAGGGAUUUAAUUAUAUCAAUCAUUUUCAAGUGUUGUGUAUAAACCCAAAUUAGGUACAUAAUUUUUUGCCAAAAAAUUCGGACUCGGAAUUUAACAAAAUUAUAUUGAAAAAUUUGUAUUUAAAAAUGAUGACGAACUAUACAAAUAUUAACAUGAAUAAAUUAUAUUAAGGCUACGAUAAGUACAUUUUUAAGUAAAUGGAAAAACUAGAAAAAUGAAAAUCCCCAAAUAUGGAGAUUGAAACAUUGGAGCAAAAGAAGGGAAAAUGGGGAUCAAUCCCCAAAUUUGGAGAUGAAGGCCCCCAAAUUUGGGGUUUUGCAUUGGACUUGGCCUAACCUCUAAUGGAUAAACUCCAGACACUGAUUUUCUAAACCCCAACCCGAAGUUUGAUUUAAUGAAAAACAAAAAUUGACCGUUGAGAUCAACCGAACUCAUCUAAAUACAUCUAACGGUUAGAUCACCUGCAAUAUACUAUACGUCUGACGUACACCGGUCAUUAUAUAUUAUAUUGUUUUCAUUGGCCCUAAAUGUUUAUUGAGAACAAGAUAGACGAGUAGCUUCUGGAAGGCUCCACGGAAAGUGUUCAAUCCAAUCCCGUGGCUCACAAAAUUACACUUAAAACCCCUUCCUUGCAGACAUUUGAGCUGCACAAAAAGCCCCUUUCGCAGUCCGGUAUAAAAAUUUGCGGCCGAACUCGAAACACCCUCCUCCACCUUCAGAAAUACCCAUUUUCGUCUCCCUCUUAAACCCUAAACCCUCCGCCGCAGCCCUUCUUCCUCCGUCGCCUCCAUGGCAGUAGGCGCUCUCCUUCGUCGCUCCCUUCGAGGAGCCACCGCCGCUGCUCACCUCUCUGGCUACAGAUCGGCCGCUGCUGGUAGCUUGAGGCCGUCGUGGUCUUUGUCUAAAGGGUUCAGUUCAAAUCCUGCUGGAAAUGAUGUCAUCGGGAUCGAUUUGGGGACGACCAACUCUUGUGUGGCGGUCAUGGAAGGGAAGACACCCAAAGUCAUUGAGAAUGCUGAAGGAGCGAGGACAACGCCUUCGGUUGUUGCCUUCAAUCAGAAGGGAGAGUUGCUUGUCGGAACUCCAGCGAAGAGACAGGCUGUGACAAACCCUACGAACACUGUCUUUGGCACCAAGCGUUUGAUCGGGAGGAAAUUUGAUGAUCCCCAGACCCAAAAGGAGAUGAAAAUGGUCCCAUACAAGAUAGUGAAGGCUCCAAAUGGUGAUGCUUGGGUUGAGGCUAAUGGGCAGCAGUACUCACCUAGCCAAAUUGGGGCAUUUGUUUUGACGAAAAUGAAGGAGACAGCCGAAGCAUACCUCCAAAAGGGGGUUUCCAAGGCUGUGGUGACGGUCCCAGCAUAUUUCAAUGAUGCCCAGAGGCAGGCUACUAAGGAUGCAGGAAGAAUUGCUGGCCUCGAUGUACAGAGGAUUAUCAAUGAGCCUACUGCUGCUGCACUUUCCUAUGGAAUGAACAACAAGGAAGGGCUUAUUGCUGUGUUUGACCUUGGAGGUGGAACAUUUGAUGUCUCCAUUUUGGAGAUCUCGAGUGGUGUUUUCGAGGUCAAAGCAACCAAUGGUGACACUUUCUUGGGAGGGGAGGAUUUUGACAAUGCUCUGUUGGAUUACUUGGUGAGUGAGUUCAAGAAGACGGAGAGUAUUGACCUUACCAAGGACAGACUUGCCCUGCAGAGGCUCCGAGAGGCAGCUGAGAAGGCCAAGAUUGAGCUGUCAUCGACAAGUCAAACUGACAUAAACUUGCCAUUUAUCACUGCAGACGCCUCGGGUGCAAAACAUCUGAAUAUUACAUUGACCCGCUCAAAGUUUGAGAGCCUGGUUAAUCACUUGAUUGAAAGGACCAAGGAGCCAUGCAAGAACUGCUUGAAGGAUGCUGGUGUAGCAACUAAGGAUGUUGAUGAGGUGCUGCUUGUAGGGGGCAUGACCCGCGUACCUAAGGUUCAGGAAAUAGUUUCCAACAUAUUUGGGAAGAGUCCUAGUAAGGGAGUCAACCCAGAUGAAGCAGUUGCCAUGGGAGCUGCUAUUCAGGGUGGCAUUCUCAGGGGAGAUGUGAAAGAGUUGCUUCUCUUGGACGUCACACCUCUGUCUCUUGGUAUUGAGACAUUGGGUGGCAUCUUCACUCGUCUGAUUAGCAGGAACACCACCAUUCCUACCAAGAAGAGCCAGGUGUUCUCAACCGCUGCUGACAAUCAGACUCAAGUCGGGAUCAAGGUCCUCCAAGGUGAGCGGGAGAUGGCAUCCGACAACAAGAUGCUGGGAGAGUUCGAUUUGACGGGUAUUCCACCAGCACCAAGGGGAUUGCCUCAAAUUGAGGUGGCCUUCGAUAUCGACGCAAACGGCAUUGUAACAGUAUCUGCAAAGGACAAGGCCACCGGAAAGGAGCAACAGAUCACCAUCAGAUCAUCGGGAGGCUUAUCAGAGGACGAGAUUGAGAAGAUGGUUAGGGAGGCUGAGCAGUUUGCUCAGAAGGAUCAGGAGAGGAAGGCCCUCAUCGAUGUAAGAAACUCUGCAGAUACCACCGCCUACAGCAUCGAGAAGAGUCUGAACGAGUACAAGGACAAGGUUCCCUCUGAAGUGGUCAAAGAAAUCGAAGACGCUGUUGCUGAUUUGAGGGCGUCAUUAUCUGGUGACAAUGUUGACGAGAUCAAGUCCAAAAUCGAUGUCGCAAACAAGGCUUUGUCCAAGAUUGGGGAGCACAUGUCCAAGGGCUCUUCAGGUGGAGGCAGCGACGGUUCUUCAGGCGGUGCUCAAGGUGGCAGCGGCGGUGACCAGGCCCCCGAGGCAGAAUAUGAGGAGGUGAAGAAGUGAAGGACUCGGUCUGAUUAGUUGUAGGAGAAGUUCCACUUACUCUUACCGGGGAGAUAUGGCGGCACAUGCAUAAAAUGAGAAUUCUGCGUUAAUUCCAUUCGCCUAUAUUCAUUUUGGUUUGUUAUGUUAGUUGGUUGUGUAAUGCUGAUGAGAAGUGGCUAUAUUUUUUGCACGCUGAGGAAGUCUAGUUUCUGUUCAUUUUAUAAACUUCCUUGUGGAGGGUUUUGACCCUCCUGCUUAUUACAUCAGUAGCCAAAUUUUCUGCAGUGGUAGUUUGCUUCAUUUUAGUUUGUGUUUCAGAUUGCCAAGGAGAAGUGAAGUGGACUGAAGAAGAUGAAAAAGCUGACAGCCUUUAGCAUUGUUUCCACUACCAAAUCUUGGAGCUUUAUAGGUUAGGUCAGUUUCCUCUGUGAAGUACUAAAUUGGUGUGCAAGUUAAACAUUGGUAUCUCUCUCUGCGCCUUAAUGGCAAGAACGUACAUGUUUACAAUGUUCGCAGGCCUCGUAAUACGACAGCAUGUUCAUAAUAUUGUUUCAAGAAAGAUACGUGAAUUUGAGGCUAAAACGCUCAUGUGGAUAGCUUAUGGAUAGUCUUCCCGGUUGAGACCUAAACUAGGUGUUUGCAUUUGAGUUUUCGAUAAAGUUCAAUGCUCACUUACGUUGCUAGAUUCUGUAGAUUGGAACCACCAGAUUGCUUCAGAUGUCACGUUUACUCUUCAGAUGUUAGGUCUUUUCUGUAGAGUGUAUGGGUUGCGUUUGGAGGUAUUCUAUUCAUGCGAAUAUGUUACCUUUGAGUGGUAGUUCCAGAGCAAUUGGAACAGAGAAUUGGUUGAUUCUGGUUCUUAUGUUAACUAGUAUUUUUACCCGUGUUCUGCGUCGGGAUGAGUGAAAAUUUGUGAUUUAAUAAGUGUUGAUCAUCGGA